CUCCCUCUCUCUCCACAGAUAUGGGCUGCCUGUCGGUAGGAGUGGAGGGUCAUGUAUGAUUGAAAUAGCAGUAGAUAAUGGAACAGUGAAACGUCAGGAGGAAUCCUUGUUCCAGCCCGUGUCCGAGGUAGCGUUGGGGCCUAUAUUCCUGGGGGACAUCCCCUCCCAUAGGGAUCAGCCUGCCAGCACCAGGGAGGUGACAGGUUUUGUAGGCUGUAUCAGGGAGCUGCAGGUCAACAAUAAGGACAUCUACAUAGCAGGAGAGGCACUGGGAGGGAGGAACAUCCACAACUGUGACACACCUGUCUGUCAGCACCUGCCCUGCCGCAAUGGAGGCACCUGUGUCAGUGAUGCAGAGGACUGGUUCUGUGAGUGCCCUCCUCUCUACUCUGGUCGGCUCUGCCAGUUCACAGCCUGUGAGUGGAGCCCCUGUGGUCACGGAGCCACCUGUAUCCCCAAGUCCCACCAGGAAGCUGUGUGUCUCUGCCCUUACGGAAGACAGGGCCUGCUGUGUGAUGAUGCCAUCAACAUCACCCGGGCCAGGUUCAGUGGGAAUGAUGAGUUUGGGUACACAUCGUUCAUAGCGUACUCCUCCAUCCCCAGUCUCAGUGUCUACUACGAGUUCCAACUGAAACUAACGUUCGCCGACAGAGCCUCAGCUCUGAAGGACAACCUCAUCCUCUUCUCUGGACAGAAAGGACAGGGCAUUGAUGGAGAUGACUUCCUAGUUCUGGGGGUUCGGAAUGGCAGAAUUGUUCACAAGUUCAACCUUGGAUCUGGUGUGGGAACCAUGGUCAGCGACCGGCUGAACCGUGAGAUCGAUAUCCACACUGUGAACUUUGGCAGAUCUAAGAGAACAGGAUGGUUAAAGACUGCUAUAUUAGGAGUCUUCUCUUUGCUGAUCCAUUGA